CACUGAAAAAAUUAACAAGUAAACAUUUAAACAACUUUUGGCCCGAAGUGGUAGAGUCGCUGGAAUGUUAUUUAGAAAAAAAUGAUAGAAUAUCGACCGACAUAAAUGGUCAUCGCACAAUAAUGAGCCGUUCUAUAGUUGCAAUUGUACGUUCGUUGAAAACACUUCUGAAUCAGGACAAAAUAUCUGAAAUACUAAAGCCCUUUAUUGCUGACAUGGAGGGCGAUGGAUACUUAGCAAAUACAAAAAUAUAUCCCAAGUUGAAUAAUGUGGUUGGCAUACAUAGCAGUGAUUGGACAAUAUGUCGAAAUGGUCAUUCUGUAUCAACAAUCUUGGAUAGUUCUUGCAAAAUUUGUGAUGGUCCCGAUAAUCACCGAACUGAGUUCCGGUAUGAUAAUAGACAUAAUGAAGUCACUCAUGGACUGACAAAGGAAAGUGGCGCUCAGCUAGGAAAAAGCCAGGUGUCAAAUGUUAGAGGUAAAAGAAGUAACUUUUGUAAAGACAAUUCAGCAGAUAUAAGUGAGGAUUUUGGUAAUAUGUAUUCGCGUCCGAGAGUAAGAAAUCCUACCGGAAACAAAAGUUGUCGUGAAAACUUCCGCUGUGGUCGGGGACAAAAUCUUAGAGGUCGUGGUGCAAAUAGUAAAAGUACAGAAAAAGCGAUGCAGGGGAAAUCAUCAAAUGAGAAAACAAGGAGAUCUGACAAAAAUUACCAAAUGCAUCCACUUCCUUCGUUAAAAUCCGACAACGAAAGUUACCAUACAGAAGACGGAGAAGAUAAACAUAACAUAAAGAGUUUUCCAAGCAAAGCCCUUGUUACAGGUAGUGACAAUAGUAAAAGUGAUAGUAAUGGUGCUGGCAGUGGUGUUAGUAAACAUGACAGUGUCCCUGGUCACGAAGACAUCACAGAUGGUAAUGAAAGUAGCGGAAGUAGAAGACUAGAAUUAAGUAGAGGCGGACAUCGAGGCCAUUAUCAUUUCAGAGGAUAUUCAGGUCGUGGACGAGGUCGUGGCGGAAUCAUGGGUAAGGGUCGUGGUAGUAUCUCCAAGUAACUAUUGAAAAUUUGUGGUUUACAUAUAGAUAUCAUGUUUUAUUAGUAUAAAUUAUACUAAAUCCAUAUUUAUAUGAUAACUAUUUCUUAUUAGUUGAAUUAGUAAAAUGUAAUUUAUACAUCUGUGAAUUUGUAAAUAACUUGUCGCAUUACAAAUAGUAAGUGUCAUUGGCUGGAACAAAAUGUUUUACAUGUGAAAUAUUAUUAUUCGAUAUUGAAGAAAAAGAAACAGUAGUCGCAUACUAUUGUGUUAGAGAUAAUAGAAUGGGAUUACAGAAACUUUUCUGUUAUGUAAAAGGACAGUCUGUAUAAUAUUUCUAAAUAUUUUUAUUUUUGUCAGAGUUAAAUUCCCUUUCUCAACUUUGUUUUUCUUUUGGUAGAUGCAUAAAAGCUUUAAACACGUGAUUUUUUUUAAAAAUUCUUUAAUGGAUUAUAAAACCAACUUUAAUAGGAAUUGGUAAAAAUUAAAUCAAAAUGCAUACAAAAUUUAAUAUACCUGAGUCAUGCACUAUCAAACUGCUAAAACUAAACCAAUACAUGCAGCAUCUUCAUCGCGGAUUACAACUUACAACUUUCAAAUUCUGUUAGCUCCAUGUGUCGCAUAGGGCGCGAACAGAAAACUACCAUCUGAGUAGUAUGCUGCUUGUUGUUGUACUUCUCAUCUUGUCCUCCGUCAGUCUUUUCCUUUCCUUUUCUACCAUUUGUCUCCAAGUUUCCUUUGGUCUUCUCGAUUUCUCUUUUCGUGUGGUUUCCACGUUAAUGCGAUUAGACAAUCGUUCCACGAGUCCAUCUUCAGGAUGUGACCUAUCCAACUCCAUCUCCUGGUCUGGGUGAUGGUGUUGGUGAUGCUGUAAAUAUUGGCAAAAAUAACCGGAAGAUUCUACGUCGAUGAUUAAAGCAUUAUAAACUUACCUGAUUUUUCUCUCUUGUAUUUAUUAAUGGCAAAAUCAAAUCCUUUUUUAUUUUACAAAAUGUAACACUAUUAUAUUCGUUCUGAUCAUUCCCUUUAAAUAGUUCUGGGCGAACGACAGAGAAAACAUCAAAACUCCCAUACGAAACGAAAAUGUACUUGUUACGAGAUGUGUCACUUCCAGCGUAGAAGACUUGUAAAAUCAGGAUAGAAGAUUAGUCAUUAUUUUUACCAAUAUAUUGUGUUAUAUCAAUGUUCCUUUUUACAACAAAACUAAUGAAAGAAGGAAUAUGCAAACAUACAUACGUGUUCGAAGUAAAUCAUUCAAAUACUUUAUAAAAAUAAAAACACAGUUUGUUACCAUUUUUAGGUGUUUGAUAAGCCUUUGAAAUAAGGCUGUUCAUAAUAAAUGUGAUGUACAGUUAGGUUUGUUGGGGGUAUAAUCACGGUCGUUGCUUUUAUUUUUACUUUUAUUGUAGUUGACGUCAUAUUUUUGAAAUUAUUGAGUUCGUGUUACCCAGAUUUAGGAUGAAGUCUUUAUAUAUUUGAAGUAAAUGUAUAAACUAAGAAAUCUGAGUUUCAUCUUACGGAUGUUAUAGUCAUGCAGAUUUAAUUAGAUGGGUGAUUGGUAUGUCAUACUGUUAUUUCAUUAUAAAUAGACAACUUUGAGAAUUUUUAUCAUUUUCUUGUGAAAUGAGUAUAUGUUUUAUAUAACAAAUUAUUAGAGAUUCAAGCUCAGGAUUAUGUAUUUGUGGAAACUGAGACGUACAUUAUUUUUAAUAUUUUAUUUUUACGCUAUCUUAAUUUGUAAAUAUGUAUUUGGUAUAACAUCGUGUGUCGUAAGUCAGUUUCUGGCUGGAUAUAUUGGUUGUUUUAUUAUGUAUGUAUGGCAUAAAUGAGCUAUAGAAUUACAAAAAUAAUGUUAGCAAUUGUGUAUGAACUAUGAACUGUUGUUUUACAUGUAUAUCUGUUUUUCUUUACUAUAAUCUAAAAUAUGAAUGAAUACAAUGGAGUUAAUAAUAAUUUUAUGCUAAUUUAACGUGGAUGUUUAUAUUUUUUGUAAAUGUUACAUAUUUGUAUUGUUAUUUUGUAUUUGUGUUUGUAUUUAGAAGCAGUUCGAUUGUUUGGAUUUUCUACUAAUACAAUAUUUUACCUUAUCAUGUCUUAUGUAUACAAUAGCAGUGAUUUACCGUUAACAAAAAAAUGAGCCAGCAAUUAUUUAUUUUUUAUGUAUGUAAAAUUAUAAACAUUUGGACGCUCGCCAAGCCUCGUCUUCGCUAGCCAAGGGCGAUCAAAUACAAGAGGUGAGGGGUCGCAACUCUUGGCUAGAAAACAUGGGCGAGUCUCGCGUUUUAAAUUUGAAAAUUUAAUUGUUUCUAAUGGAGAAGUGUUGCAGCACACUCAACCCAGUGGUAGAAGUAUAUUUUUUCCAUAGUUUUUAGUUGUUUUAU